AUGUGGUCCCAAAUGUCUUCGCUCACGCCACCGUCACAGGCUGUUGCUACUUUCAAGUUGAAUUAUCCAGCGCUCUACGAGAAGUUGUGUGCGUCAUCCUGUGAAUCCAUGCCGCUGCUGCUGUUGUACUUUCUGCUGCACAAAAACAUUGGCUUCCGCAAUUUUUUACUGUCCAGGGUGGACAUCGAAAAUCUGGUGCUUCCUUUGCUGAACAUACUGUAUGACAGUUGCACAGAAACGGUCGACGCAUUUGGCUGCCAUCAUUUGUACAUAGCGCUGAUUAUUAUGCUGAUCUUAAGCGAAGACGAUUUCUUCUGUAAGAUAGUUCACGAAAUAUCGCUGAAGUCUGUACCGUGGUACUCCGAGCGACCGAAGGAUAUGUCGUUAGGAAGUCUAGUGAUUCUGGUGUUGGUUAAAAACGUUCAGCACAACAUGUCUCGACGACGGGACCGCUACCUGCAGACGAACUGUCUUGCGGCAUUGGCGAACAUGUCGGCCUAUUUCAAGAAUCUUCCUCCAUUCGUAUGUCAGAAAUUUAUGGGGCUUCUCGAUGUGCUGUCAAAGCGUCAUGCGCGACUGUUGGAUCACGUGCAGCUAUCAGCUGAAUACGAUCUGUCUCAGGCGCAAGAAAUUCAGGACGUUGCAGCACUUGAAGAAGCGAUGCGAAUGCUACUCGAGAUUUUCAACUGCACGCUGACAUACAGUAUGGCGCACAGUGCUCACCUUAUCUACGCAAUGCUGUACGAAAAAUCUUUGUUCGAAGGUUUUCAACAGCAUCCAAUGUUUCAGGACCUAAUAUGGAACAUAAUCAUGGUAAAGAUGGAUUUUUCGUUCUCUGGUGUAAUCGUGCAAGAAAUUCAGAAGGGCGCUAUCCAGUGGCCCAGCGAUCGCUUGAAGAAGUUUCCUGAACUGAAAUUUAAGUACAUUGAAGAUAAGAAUACUGAUGAAUUUUUUAUCCCUUACAUCUGGAGCCUUAUUUUCAAGGAUGGCGGCUUUUAUUUUGAUCCAGCAAAGAUUAAGUUGUUUACUUCUUGA